AUGGCUUUUAUUGAGAAAUACUACGGCAUUGAGGAAUCCAGAAAACUUGUCGAGAAGAAGCUGCAGCACCGGUCAAAUAAGUAUUUGGCUAAAUUAGAAGAAAGCCAGCUCCUGAAAGAAGCCAAUUCGCUAUUUGCCAGAGGAAAUACUGGCCAAUGCUUUGGAAUUUUACAGAAGGCCGUAACUUUAGUUCCGAACGAUUUCAGGCCGUAUUAUCUUUUGGGCCUGAUCCAUGAGGAGAAUGGAAAGCACGAAAAGGCACUGGUUUCGUACAUCGCAGCUGCAAUACUCAAGAAUAACGACAUCUCCCUUUGGAAAAAGGCACUAAAUAUUUCAUUAAGGACAAGCAGCUACAGGAACCAAAUACUAGCGCUUGAAAGAAUAUUCAGGAAAGAGCCGUCUGAGUCGAUUUUAGUGAAAAAGCUUGAGAUAUUAAAGCAAAUGAAGAAGAAAUAUGCAGUUGUGGCCUGUCAAAUUGAGCUGUUCGACUAUCAAGGAGUCGAUCCAAGAAUUUUUGAAAAGUUUGAGCACACGAAUCAUAUAAACUCACUUAGAAAGAUUUGCAGCUGUCUUUAUAAGUGUAUAAAACAUAAUAAGCAAGCCAGAACAGAGGUUUUCCUUAGAAAAACAGUUUUUACGCUAUUCAAAAUCAAGGAUUGGAGGAGAAUCCUAAGGAUUUUAGAUGAGUACUACUUCAAAGAAAACGAUAAAAUACAUCCCGACAUUAGAUUCAUCUACAUGACUGCAGCCUUAUAUUCAAAGGAAUGUCGUUUUGACAACCUACUUGACUUUAGUGGUUUACUAAACGAUGCUUAUACUUGGAGAGAAAUGGAAAAUCCCGAGUAUAUUUAUAGUCUUGCAAUAUGUCUGAAAGAGUGUGGAGAAGCCAAGAAAUCAAUACUUCUGUUGGAAAAAUACCUAUCGGUUUCUCAAACAACCAAAUCGCUUCAUAUACUUGGCGAUAUCAACCAAGAAGUAGGAAAUGUCCAGAGUGCUAUCCAGAACUUCAGCCAAGUUCUGGCCUUGGAUCCUGUUGAUGAGCUGGCCAAGACAAGGCUUCAUCAAAUCUAUGAGAGUCUUGGAUAUAACAGUCUGGCUGAAAAAUUUGAAACACCAACAAGAGUAGUAGAGUACAUUAAGGAAAUUGAAGCAACAAAGAAGCACGAAUUCAGAUACUCUGCCGAAAAAUGCAGGGAAAUGAGAAAGUUGUAUGAAUGUAUUUUGUCAAUCAGCCCAUCCGACUAUGCAGAAUUCCUGGAGUUGUCAAGGCCUUUAGUUUCAGAUUUUUUCGCCAAUCCGUUUGUUAUAGUCAAAAAUAAGAAUUUCAAGAAAUUUAAUAGCAAAAAUGAAAGACUGGAGUUCGACGACUCCAACAUGCUUGUGGCCUAUGAUGCCAAUAUCUCCAAGAAGCAGCUUUCUGACAUGUUGGUGAGAAUCAGCUCUCUCCAUGGUCUUGACAUUGAUGAAUGGUUUUUUGUAGUAAAAAAUACAGUUACUUCACUGAUGGUGCUGGAAAAAUACGAAGAUGCAGUUGAAAUUGUACGAAAAUGCUUCGACGUUCAUAUUUUCACACAUAACGAUCAGAUAAUCCAGAUAUUGCUUUUGGGCAUUCGGCUAUAUCUGAUGUCUGGCGAUUUUGAUGGCAUACACGACAUUAUUAGGGAAAUGAUUGGGCAUUUUGGAUAUACGUCUGUGUACUUUCUAUACUUUUUGUCAUACUUCUUCCCGGACUUUUAUCUUUGCAAAAAUUUUAGCGAUCUUCAAAAAAACAUUCAAAAAAUUACUAGGCGAAGCAGCAGGGAGCAAUGCGAAGUAUAUGAGGAAUCCAAAAACUGGGCCGAUAGCUUCAAUGGCAAGGAAUGCAUCUGCGAUGCAUCUGAUCACAGCGCCGAUUUUUGUAAUAAAACAACCGAAAUUCCUCCAUUUUUGAGUGUAAUGUCAUUUAUCCCAAGAUUUCUUCAGACAGAAACGGUAGAUUUUGUGCUGGGCAAUGUUGCAUCUCUAAAGUCUGAAAUUAGUAUUAUAAAGGCGGUUAUAUCAAUCUCUCACACCAAAUCAAGAACAUUGGUAGACAAGAAAAAGUAUGCUUCGCAGGGAAUUGCCUGUCUAAAGGCAAUGGAAAGCGACCCAGUGGCUACAUACAACCUUGCCAAGGCAUAUCAUUUUUUUGGAUACUAUACACACGCUGAGCUUUUAUAUUUAAGGGUUAUUGAGGCUGGCCCAGAAGAGCUAAAAAGAAUGAGUGUAUUUAAUCUUUCUUUGAUUUUUAAAGAUAACAAAAGCAGGAAGGUCAUAGAGAAUCUGCUAUCAAAAUGUAAACAGUGGUGA